AUGCAAAAGUCUCGUGAAGAAAAUGAAGGAAAACCACAGAACAUGCCAAAGGCGGAGGAAGACCACCCUUCAGAAGAUGUACCCCCUUCAGAAGGAAAUCCUCCGCCUUCCGAAGAAGGUGUAAGCCAGGAAGCAGAAGGAAACCUUAGAAGCGGGCUGACUCAACCUGUGCAGGCAUUCAAAGAGGACACUCCCGUUAGGCAUUUGGACCCUGAAGAAAUGCUAAGAGGAGUAGAUGAGAUGGAAAGGCUUAGGGAAGAAAGAAGAAGAGUAAGAAACAAGUUUGUGAUGCUGCAUUGGAAGCAAAGACAUUCACGCAGAGGACCUUAUCCUGUGUGCUUUAGGCCUUGAAUUCUUUUUUUUUAUCUGAUAGUAAAAUCUGGCCUCUGCUUUCUAUUAGCAUAUUCUGAUGUAUCUUCUACCUUUGUUUUACUUUUAAUCAUCUGGUAGAAUUUUGUUUUAGAUAGUUUCCUUGUUAACCAGCAUCUUACUGGAUUUUGUAUUUUGACCUAUUCUCCAGGUCUAUUUUUCAAUUGGGAAGUUUCACACAAAUGCAUGAAAAUAUGUUCAUUUCA